AUGACCUGCUGUGAAGGAUGGACAGCCUGCAAUGGAUUCAGCCUGCUGGUUCUACUUCUGUUUGGAAUAACUCUCAAUGCAAUACCUCUAAUUGUCAACUUAGUGGAGGAAGACCAAACUUUUAAAAACCCCAUCUCUUGCUUUGAAUGGUUGUUCCCUGGGAUUAUUGGAGCAGGUCUGAUGGUCAUUCCAGCAACAACGAUGUCCUUAGCAGCGAGGAAAAGAGCAUGCUGCAAUAACAAAACCGGGAUGUUUCUUUCAUCACUUCUGAACGUGAUCACAGUCACUGGAGCUGCAUACUGCCUGACGGUGUCCAUCCAGGCUCUCGCGGAGGGCCCUCUCAUUUGUAACUCUCAAGGCAACAGAACUUCCAGUUGUGAAUUGUCAUUUGAAAACUUAACUGCCAUUCAUCCAGAAUCCUUCAAUCUGCAGUGGUUCUUUGACGACUCUUGUGUUUCUCCUACGGAUUUCAAUAAUCCCUCCAACAACAACACAACAGCCAGUAACUGGAGAACAUACAGCUUACACUUCAAUUCUAUGGAAAACAAGCAUAGGAUUAUCCAUUUCUCAGUAUUUUUAGGUCUACUGCUUGUGGGCAUUCUUGAGACCCUGUUUGGGCUCAGUCAGAUACUCAUCGGCUUCCUUGGCUGUCUGUGUGGAGGAGUCUCUAAGCGAAGAAACCGAAUUGUGUAG